AUGUUGGCGGUAAAAGCGAUUGUAGGGAUGGGGCUGCUUUGGUGGACGGUGGCGAGAGGCCACGAGGGGAACGUGGUACGGAACGAGGACAUCUGCGGCGUUCAAAACGGACGGCGGUUGUAUCUGGAGCUGGGCGAGAAGGGCAUACUGUACGCGAAGAACGUCUCGUUCGUGAGAAACGAGGCUAGGCAGCAUGAGGGCUCGCGAGUGUACGCGAGCAACAGCUCGCACGCUCAGUGCAGUCUCGAGCUGGUGACGUGUCCGUCGUGCGUGAUAAUCGCCACGUUCGGGAACAUCGCGUUGCCGCACCAUUGCGGCGACGGAAGCGUCACGAUGGAUAGCCCGUGCAGGUGCGACUACGUUUGGAUCUCGGAGCCGCCGUACGAGGACGUGUCGGGAACUCCGUUCUGCGGAUUGUACUCACCGAUCACGUACAGAUCCAGCACGAGAACACUGUCCAUCACUCUGCUCUACAGCCAGUCGCACAAGCACGCGUUCACGCUCGAGUACACGGCAGAGAGGAACAGGUUACACCUGAGGGGCACCGAACUGACGACGACGGCGACCGGUCAUCAAGCGGCCAAGGGACUGAACAACACGGGUGGCGGGAUUCUAAUGUCUCCGUUCUUCCCGGCUCGGUAUCCUCGCGACCUCGGCUUGGAGUACGUGGUCACUUGCUCGAGCGAGGCACCCUCCUGUCGCAUCAGGUUGCUGUUUAGCGAUUUUCAGCUGGCGACGGUGUCGAUAAUGGAGUUUUACGAUUGGAACGGCCAACGACUGGACGUGAGCAGCGGCGCGAGAUUUCGUCCGCCGGUGAUCGUGAGCUCCGGGCCUUCGUUGCUGAUACGAUUCUACGCGAACGGCGGCACCGGUCUCGGCUACAAGGCCUUCUACUCGUUCGUCAUCGGGCAUCCGAUGUUGGAGACGAAAUCCGUGCAACCGAUAACCGACUGCGGCGGCUACGUGGAGAAUCUCGGCGGCACCAUUACCAUGAUGGACAUGGUCGGUGGCGAGGCGGUGAAAAAAACGUACGACUGCGUCUGGCUGAUCAGGCCGCCGAAGAACUUUUUACACAUGAAGACGCACAUGUAUCUGAAGGUGAUCGCGUUCGCGGACAUGGCCGGCAAUACGGAACUGGUGGUGAAACAGGGACCCACGUCGGCCCUGUUGCCCCUCGAGAUCCUGAGACAUCCGGCGAGUCAGCUGCAACCACCGAGGCCGCACAGGGAGCACGUGGCACCGGUCACCAGCGGCUUUCACGUGAGUCUGCGGGGAACGUUUGGUCCGCCGUCGCAGCUGGCCAUCGCGUACGCGGCCUUUAGUUACAUGGACUGUUUCGCCGGCUCGGACUUUCUUUGCCGCAAUCACAGAUGCAUACCGAGUCAAUUGAAUUGCGACGGGUUCGAUCAUUGCGGCGACAACAGCGACGAACCGGCCACCUGCUUUCGAGAUUGGGAGCUGGAGCCUCAAGAUCGAAAGUGGCACGCCAACAAGGCAAACUACUACUUUCCAAAGAUCGAUCGUUACCCGGACUUGAAGACGGCCACUCUGGUGUUCGUGGCCAGCAGCCUGGGUCUGAUCGUUUUGAUAUCGGCGCUGAUCAUCUUGCUGUACAGGAUGGGCGCCAGGGCCCGGCAGCAGAGAGAGCUGCAGUCGAGGCUGCAAACGAUCAGCGAGCUUCUAGGUAGGAAGAAAUGCCAGGCGAGAAAAAACCCGGUCGGCACUUUCGACACAGUUUUCGAUAUUGCAGACGGCGCGCGUAUCGACGAGAUCGCAGGCUCGGACGACCCGCCGGUGUACGAGGCACCGCCUGGCUACGACGAGGUGGUCAAGCUCGGAUUCGACUCGGAGACGAUCGGUCGGAAGAAGAGGAGAGCGUUCGGUCGAGAGCCGCGCGCGAGUCGAAGCUCCCCCAGCCAAAGCUGCUCGUUGGACGUUGGUCGAUCCUCGGUUUGUUCGCUGGCCGAGUCAGCGGCAGGCAGCAGUCGCGGGAACGGUCGCGCCACAGCUGCGUCCAGUUGCAACCAAGACGACGCCGGCCUCUCGAAGAAUCGUGCAACGACUCGAGUACCGGAGAGCCCGCCGCCACCGUACGUCACUCCGCCAGGAUCGAUGUCGCGACAUUUCAGCGUGUCGGGACUAGCGUCGGUCGAUUCGAACGAUUCGCGUGAGUAUAUAUGUAUAUAUGUAUAUAUUUGUAACGCCGCGUUUACAAGUUUACGAGUUUCAACAGGCGAGCGAGACGACAAGCAGAAGGAGAUGAAAGAGACGGAAGAGAACGAACACGAGGAGAAGAAGGAGCAGGAGAAAACGGAGGUCCGACGGGAUUGGUUUCGUCGAGCGGACGAGCAAUUCUCGUCAUCCCUGUCUGGGAACGACGACGAUUCCCCUCCGGGAGGAUCGUCCUCCCCGGCGAAGAGCGUCGUCGAUAGUCGGUCGUCGUCGGAAGUCGUGGUGUCGAUCAACGCCGAAUUGCUCGGUGCGUAUCCGCGGAUUCGCAGCAGCGCUUCGAACUUGAUUCGAACGACGGCCGACGCCUCGUGUGAUUCGCAGCGGAGGUGCUCGCCCGUUGCUUCGACGAACGCGGUGCAGCCGUCGGGUCGCGACGAGGGCCAAGGAGAAGGAGAAGGAGAAGGAGGAGGAGAAGGAGGAGGAAAGAAGGCGGAAGAAACGAUCGAGGACACUGUGGAGGAGGAACGGUCGUGCAGAGCGGUGAACGAGUCGGGUACGGAGGGACGAGGAGGCGGGGAACAGCUGGCCGAGGUCGUCGAGGAUAAGACGGUUAAAUCGGAGGAUGGCUGUGGAUGUUCGUGCGAGGGUGCCUGCGGCUGCGCGACCGUGCAACGUCGGUCGUCGUCGUUCAAAGAACGAUCGAUCGCCGGUGGUCGCCUUCGGUGGCCGGCGGUUCGUCGCAUCUCGUCGACGGAUCGAAAUCUCGCGGGACGAUCGACGAUCGACGAGAGAAGAGAAUGGGAACGAGAGCGCAACGAGGACGAAGAAAUGGAAGAAGAGGAGGAGAGGGAGGACGAUGAGGACGAGGACGAGGACGAGGACGACGGUCUCUCGUUUCGAUCGAGAAGUGAAAGUACGAUCGUGAAAUUACUAGGCGACAGGAGAACGAAGAAAAGCGGCGGAUCGACGGGCGCGUCUGUGGCCGCCGGUUCGCCGAUACCGUGCGCAGGUACCUUUGGCAGAUCCGCGCGGAAAUUGCCGAUUUAUCGAACGUCGACGAUCGGCGGAUUGAUCAACAAUUACGAAAAGUUGAGCAACGGCGAGUUCGAGAAAUCGAGCCGGAGGAGCAUGCACGCCUCCGACCCGGUCUCGAUCGGUUCGUCGCGCGGCGUCGAGCAACGCUGCCGACGAUACUCGAGCUGCUGCGAUCUGGAGAGUCUGUACGAAGGAAUCAGGAUUCUGGACGAACUGUUGGCACGAAGGAGCAGCCACCUGGCGGUCGCGCACGGCCCACGGAAGCAAUCGGUGACGGUGAUGCUGUUUGGGACGCCGAGGCACGGAGCGACGGCGACCACGACGACGACGACGACGACGCGUCGACGACGAUCGGCCGGCGAGGAGGGGACGAUUCGCGAGAUUGGACGAGUUUCUCGAUUCAGCCUCGACGCCCUUUCCAACUGA